AUGGAGACUGAUCACCAUUACGAGGAAAAUGAGCGUCUAGACUUUGAAGGGACCAUUGCUGACAAGCGCGUGGGCUGGGACAACCGAGAGUCCUAUGUGGAGCUGAAGGAGUGCCUCAGACUGAACCGAGAUGGCGAAAUCGUCGAGGUGGUUGGAAAGAAACAGCUCUACGAUGCCUUCAUCGAGGAGGUGGAGGUGGUUGAGAAGACUGAGCGCCGGCUCUCUGCAGAGCUUCGGGCAACACAGCAGGCCAAGGCUAAGGCCAAGAAGGGGCCGCCUGGCGCCGCACCAGUGCAGCCAAAGGGCGAGGGCAGCGACAGCGACGAUGGGCCGGUUUCGGGCAUGCUCCCGGGCCUGAUGUUUGGCAUGGGGCCCAUGGGAAUGGGGAUGAUGCCGAUGGGCGGCCUGUGCGGAAUGCCCGUGGGAAUGGGCUUCAUGCCAAUGCCCGUAGCGCACCCCCCUGUCCACAAGGCAAUGCCCAUGGCUAUGCCCGGCAUGGCGAUGCCCGGCAUGCCGAUGGGCUGUCCGGCCGUCCCUGCGACCUGCGCGCAAGCCGCAGGCACAGCGCCGGAAGCGAAAGAGCGGAGCCGAAGACCGAAGGACUCUUUGGCCCUGAGACCACUCUUGUUUGUGUCGAGGCCGAAGUCGUGGUGCCUAGCACUUUCUUGGGCUUGGACGAGUGAGCCGUUUCACCCCUUGGAGCAAAAGACCGCCGAUGGUGCAUCUACAUUUGGGAAGCUUCGGGAGAGCCGGCGAUGUUGCAAAGGGGGUCAGCAGAACUUGAG